AUGGUUAAAGGUUUUAAGCUAAAGGAGCUGUUAUCGCGUCGUAAAAAUACUGACAAAGCUUCAGAUGUGAAGAAAGUUGCAAUGGAAAAGGCAGCUCAUAAAUUGGAAGAGAUGUCCGAAUCACCAAAAGUUGUUACCCAGGAUGAUUUAGAAGCUGCAGAAGCAGCCGAAGAGGUAGAUAGCGAAGCAGAAGAAGCUGAGGAAUACGAGAGUAAGGCUUUGUCAAGGAAGGAAAAGCGUAAAUUGAAGAAACUGCAAAAGAAGCAACAGGAAAUCCAAGAGGCUGGAUCAGAGGAGGAAGAAGCUCACCUGGACUUGAGUAGACUAGCUAGAAGUGACUCUGAAUCUGAAGAGGAGGAAGAUGAUGAUGAAGAAAAGGAAGUAGUCGAUAACCAAGAACAAGAAAACGACGAAGAGGAUGAGGAAGAGGAAGAAGAGGAAGACGUUCCAUUGUCCGAUGUCGAAUUCGAUUCCGAUGCCGACGUUGUCCCAUACCAGAAACUAACAAUCAACAACGUCAGAGCUAUGAACGAGGCCUUGACGCGUAUCAGACUCCCAUGGGAAAAGCACUCCUUCCAAGAGCACCAGUCCAUCGUUUCGACAACCGUGUGCGAUGAGGGUAUCAAGGAUAUCUAUGACGACACCGAAAGGGAACUGGCGUUCUAUAAGCAAUCCCUAGACGCUGUAAAGCAGGCACGUGCCAAACUAAGGGCCCUAAAUGUCCCAUUCAAGAGACCUCUAGACUAUUUCGCUGAAAUGGUUAAGAGCGACGAGCACAUGGAUAAGCUAAAGAACAAGUUGAUCAGAGAGGCCAGUGAUAAGAAGGCCAGAGAGGAGGCAAGAAAGCAAAGGCAGUUAAAGAAGUUCGGUAAGCAAGUCCAAGUUGCCACCUUGCAGAAGCGUCAAAAGGAAAAGAGAGAAACACUAGAAAAGAUCAAGGAUCUGAAGAAAAAGAGAAAGCAUAGCGAAAUUGCUAAUCAAGAUUUCGAAAUCGGUAUUGAAGAAGCCACCUCUUCCCACAAGGAUAACAAGAAAAACGCAAAGAGGGCCGCCAAGGACUCCAAGUACGGCUCCGGUGGAAUGAAGCGCUUCAAAAGGAAGAAUGAUGCAAAAUCUUCCGCUGAUAUGACUGACUUCUCCCAACGAAAGAUGAAGGGCAGAGCACCACGUCCUGGUAAGAGCAAGCGCUCUAGAAGACACUGA